AUGAAAAGUAUUCUCCUGAUUAGUGUUUUGUGCUUUCUGUGGUUGGAGCUGUUGCAGGCUUGGCAGGAGAAUGCUCUGAAAAAGGACAACAUUCAUGAUGCCCUGAUUGCCUACAGGUCCUCUGAUGUGGAGCGGCGUCGGAAUCAGUUCUAUGAACUCUCCAGUGAGCAGUAUGUCUCGGGUAGUUUCGACUCGUUGAAUGAAACCGGCGCUUCUAACGACGGCAAACUUGCGAGAAUAAAGCGCUACAAUGAUCCUACGUUUCGCGGAAAUCCCAAGACUCGGGAGCAGAUUUGGAGUAAAAACUUCGCUCACCUUGUCAGCAACGAUUUGCAGUCGGUAUCGUUGGUGAAACUCCUGAUUCGAAUUAUCAAAAAAUAUCUAAGCGGGUGCAUUCCGAUCAUUUUGUUUGAUGAGCACAUGGAGCAGUCUGAACGUUUUGUAAUGGAAGCACUGUUUAGCGACUUCCCGACGACAUACAUCUGUGGAAGGAUUGGGCCAAACUAUACCUUGAACAAUCCGGAGCUUCUAGUACCAUCGGCUUCGCAGUGUCGCAGCUACGUUUUGUUCUUAUCCGACGUCAUGAUGACCCGAAAGGUGAUUGGACCACAGCUAACGAAUCACGUUAUCGUCGUUCCCCGGUCUAGCCAGUGGAAGCUUCAGGAUUUCCUGUCCUCCAAGGAGUCCCGUGAUAUUUUGAAUCUGUUGGUCAUUGGUGAAUCGUACUCAUCCGAGAAAACGAUCAACAGCGAGGCUCCGUACGUCCUGUACACACAUGAGCUGUACAUUGACGGGUUGGGAUCGAACAGACCCAUUGUUCUAACUUCGUGGUUCAACGGGAAGUUUUCCCGUCCGAGCGUGGAUCUAUUUCCGCCAAAAAUUCGGAAAGGUUUCUCUGGCCAUCGGUUUACAAUCUCUGCGUCUCACCAGCCACCGUUUGUGUUCAAGAUCAUGUCUACCGAUGGGGUCGGUAAUAUUGCCAUUAGAUGGGAUGGGCUGGAAUUGCGAUUGCUAAAGACGUUGGGAACUUACUUGAACUUCACGUUCGAUAUUAAGGAACCAUCGAAAGCGUAUCUUGGUUCAGGGGAUGCGAUCACGGAUGAGGUGGAACGUAGGCAAGCCGAUAUCGGUCUGGGUGGCGCAUACGUUACCAUGGAACGGAAUAUAAAGUCAGAAAUGUCAGUGUCUCAUUCGACGGAUUGUGCUGCUUUUGUGACCAUUAUGUCAUCGUCGCUACCCAGAUACCGUGCCAUCCUGGGUCCGUUCCAGUGGCCCGUGUGGGUGGCCCUGACUCUCGUCUAUCUGCUGGCCAUUUUCCCGCUGGCUUUCUCGGACAAACUGAGCCUGAGACAUCUCAUCGGAAAUUGGAGCGAAAUCGAGAACAUGUUCUGGUACGUUUUCGGAACUUUCACCAACAGCUUGACCUUCAGCGGGGAGAACUCCUGGAGCAAUACGAAGAAAACGUCAACCAGGAUGUUGAUCGGUAUCUACUGGGUCUUCACGAUCAUUAUCACAUCGUGCUACACGGGAUCGAUCAUUGCCUUCGUGACGAUGCCCGUGGUUCCGAAUACGAUCGAUACGGUUUCCCAACUGCAGAGUGGAUUCUUCCGCUUUGUUACCUUAGAUCGGGGAGGAUGGGAACGGUGGUUUUCGAACUCAAGCGAUAGUCGGACGGAAAAGAUGAUCAGCCGGUUGAAAUUUGCUUCCAGCAUCGACGAAGGCAUAAGGAAUGUAACGCAAGCUUUCCUGAUAUCGUACGCGUUCAUUGGAUCGAAAGCGGAGCUGGAGUACUUAGUUCAGUCGAACUUCUCUAAAGAGGCUCCCAAUCGACGCUACACUUUACACGUUAGUAAGCAAUGUUUCUCGCUAUUUGGUGUAUCGUACGUGUUUCAAUUGAAUGCAGUGUAUCGGGAUAAGUUCAACAACGCGAUCUUGUACAUGCAGGAAGCAGGAAUCCUAACCAAGCUGGGCAAAGAUGUCUCCUGGGACAUGCAGAAAACAAAACAUGGUCGCUAUCGGCAGGCUUCCGUCGGGAUGACUUUACGAGUUCCCACGGGAGGUGAGAAGGGAUUAACCUUAGGUGAUACGGAAGGUAUGUUCUUGUUGAUGGGCGUAGGCUAUCUCGUGGGAGUGGCAGUUCUCAUCUCCGAAUGGGUCGGAGGCUGCACGAACAAGUGCCGAGAGAUUAUAAAAGCCAGAAAAGAUCGUUUCUUAAGUCCGGGCAGCUCGGUUCCUCAGUCGAAUGCUUCCUCGGCGAAUCAGAAUUCCCUUAGAAAAAAACGUAGACCCUCGGGAAAGGAAUACAGCCUGAUGGAUACGGCUGAAAGCAGUUCUACGAAUGCGUUGACUCCUCACGACCCUGAUAUUGGCAGUACUGGAUCGGACGGAAGUGCAGGUUCAAAUCAGAAGAGAAGUUUAUCCGAUAGUAUCCAUAACGUUAGUUCCAGCACGCUACAGGACUUGUAUGAUGGCCCGAGCCGUAGACAUUCCACCAUCGUCUAUGUGGAUGGGAAGAUGAUGUCCGAAGAGGAUGCACGUCGGUACGUAGCCAGUGAAAAGAAGAACAAACAUCACUCCAGCUUAAGCUCGGUUGUUGAGCACGAGGUGUCUCGGCUUUUCAAAUACCUGGAUGAUCAUAAGUCUACUCAAGAGGAUCUGAGUGAACAUUCGGAGAGCUAUCGUCACCAUCAUCACCAUCAUCCUAAGAAGCAAUCGAUUGAAGUGACAGCUGAAGUCAACCAGCCUGAUGAUAAGGGAUCCUGGUCGAAACCUGUUCGAGCCGGCAGUUUGGAGGCUCCUUUCGGAGAAAAGCUAUUGCAUUAA